AUGAAAUUCGCAACUCCACUACUGGCCCUGGCGCUGAGUGCCUUCCAAGCCACGGCCUCGCCUACUCCUGUCGAUAAAGAACUGGCCGCCCGGGCCACACCAACUCUUUACCUAUGCGGUGACAGCACCAUGGCCAAGAACGGUGCCAAUGACGGUGACACGGACGGUUGGGGUCAAUAUAUUAACAAAUAUGUGUCCAUCACAACCGUCAAUAACGCCAUUGGUGGCCGGUCUGCACGAUCGUACUGGGACGAGGGCCGCUUUGCAUCCACAGCCGCAUCAGUCACAUCUGGUGACAUCGUCGUCAUCGAGUUCGGCCACAACGAUGGCGGUUCGCCCGAAUCAAGCGACAACGGACGCUCCGACUGCCCCGGCUCCGGCACUGAGACAUGCGUGUCGGACUCCACGGGCGCGACUGUCUACACCUUUGUCUUCUACGUCAUACAGGCCGCCAAGCUGAUGACAGCCAAGGGUGCCACCGUCAUCCUGUCGUCGCAGACGCCGAACAACCUCUGGGAGACUGGCUCGUACGUUUACUCGGCUCCGCGCUUCGUCGGUUAUCAAAAGACGGCGCAGCAGGCCAUCGGCAGCUCCAGCGUCACCUUCGUCGACCACUUCCAGGCCGUCGCCAACACAUACGCCAAGCUCGGCAACACGGCCACCAACGCCCUCUACCCCAAUGACCACACGCACACGAGCCCUACGGGCGCGGAUCUGAGUGCUCAGGCCUUUGCGGAGGCGAUCAAUACGGCGAUGAACGGGACCACAUCUUUGAAGAGUUACCUCAAGAGCGGUAACCCAACCCCGUACCGCUUGAUGUAA